GCAAGCAGCAUGUGUGCGGUAGGGUGAUCUGUGUUUUAAGUGAGUGAAAUUCUCGUUUUCGAAAAUGAAUGCGCACAAUCAAGGAUCCCAGCGCUUCGCGGACUAUUUUGUUAUUUGUGGACUGAAUUUGGAUUCAGGACUUGAACCAGACAAUUUUUCAGGAGACAACUUGCAAACUACGCCUUUGGAUCGUUCGUACAAAGCACAAGUACUUGCUCAUUACCCAGACAAUGUUCCUUGGAAUCCAUUUGAUGAAAAUGCUGUUUGCAUGUUGUGCCUGCCACACGGUCUCCAGUUCCGCACACAGAAACACUGCAUUGAGCCACACUUUCACAGCUUCAUUAUCACAAGAGAAGAUGGGAGUCACAGCUAUGGCUGUAGUUAUAUAUUUUAUGAGGAAGUUCGCAAUCGAAAAAUAUGUAGUGCCAUGCAAACAUUGCAGGCAAUGCACUUAACAGAAUUAUCAAGCAGUCAUCGUAUUCCACAAUCUCGCUCAAGAAGACAGGGUAGGCUAGCUGCUGAUGGCUCACACAAUACUCGUUCUCUUCCAAGACACUUCAAACUUUCAAUGCACCAUCCUGCAGCAGCCCAGAGCUACUAUGAAGCUGCAAAGGACACACUGUAUGCAUCCAAAAGCAUAGCUAUCAUCUCUCAGUUACCAUAUGUUCGUGCUACAAAACUUUUUCUGGAAGGACUGUACAGAUGUGCUGUGGAACCAAAUGCUUGUAGUGUGAGCCUAGAGAGCCAUGUGCACAACCUUCUAUUUGAGACUCCAUUACCACAGCCUGGUCGUAGUUUGCGUUUCUCCUGCCCAUACAGUGGUGACCCCAUUAUAGUACAACGACCGAGCUCUAUUGAGGAGUUGCCUCUGUUUGACCUGCCAAUUCGACAGCUGUUUGAACUUCUGGGAGUUGAAGGUGCUGUUCAGCUUUUCACUUGUGUGUUGCUGGAAAACCAGGUGCUUUUAUGUUCCUCAGAUUAUCAGAGGCUUAUGGUGGUAGCGGAAUCUGUAACAUGUCUGCUGUUUCCAUUCACCUGGCAGCAUGUCUAUGUGCCAAUUCUACCUGCAUCUCUGCAGCAUUUCUUGGAUGCUCCAGUUCCGUUUGUGAUGGGAUUACAUAGUGGUGAAGCACAACAACGAAUUGUAUCGGAACAACAGGGCAAUCUUUGCUUUGUCGAUAUUGAUCAGAGGAAGGUGCAGCUGCCUGAGGAACUUCCAAGCUUUCCACAAAGGCAAGAGUUUAUAGUGGAAUUAGUGGAAGUGCUGAAACAAUUCAGAGUGUCAGCAGGGACAUUAGAUUUAGCCAAUGUGUCUGGUGGUCAGGGUGAUAUCAUGACAUCAAGCUGCAUCCUUCCAUCUCAGUCGCAAAUCCAGCCACGCCGCAAGCACUCUUGGUCUCAUGAUUCAGAUUCUGGUGUAUCUGAUGGGUCACACUCAUCAUCAGGUUCACCUCAGUCUGAUGCACUCCAGAGAAUUGUUGCAAUUGUACGGAGCAAAGGUGUGGGAGUGGAUGAUAUUGUCGAUGGAAACCUUAAUAAUGACUGCCGUGAUCCAGAUUAUGAACUAAAUGAACAUCAACAGUACGUUGAAGACUUGCGGUUUAACAAUGCAGUCAGAGAAAUUUUUCUGAAUCGCUUUGUAAACAUUUUUUCGGCGUAUGAACAUUUUGUUAUUCCACCAAAUCAGGAUAAGGAACAGUGGUUAAGUGACAGGGAUUCCAUGCAAAACUUUGACAAAGCUACUUUCCUGGUUGAUCAGCCUGAACAACAUUUGCCCUUUCUUUCACGUUUCAUAGAAAGCCAGAUGUUUGCUACGUUAAUUGACAACAAGAUCAUGACCACUUGGAGUGAAGUGGACACCAAUCUUAGAGUAUUUGAUAGACGAAUAAGGCUUCUCAGGAAAAGGUUUGGAGAAGGUUUUGUGAGAACACCAGACUAUGAGCACUGCACUACGAUACAGGACUCUCAACUACUUCUAGAGAAGCGCCUAGCAAAUGUUGAUGUAGUGGUCUCUCCACCCCAGGAAAGUGUAACUUCGCGUGUGACUCCGAGCAGAAAUACUGGUGGUUUUCCACUCUUGGAUGCUUCGGUGCUCAAAGAGCCACCUCACAGGUUACGCAAACGAAUAACUAACACACCUAGAUGGCACCAGAAGGAACGGCAGCUAUCGAUUGAUGGGGAUCAAUCCAUGGACAGCAUGCGACCACCAAGAUUUGGCACAGAUUUAAGUCCUGCUCUUAUUGCUCAAACGAACUGGACCUUUGUUGAAAAACUUCUUAAGGAUUGUAAAAGCAAGACAAAGCGCAUGUUGGUGGAGAAGAUGGGAACAGAAGCUGUUGAACUUGGUCACGGUGAGGUCUCACUUGUAGGUGUUGAAGAAAACACGCUCAUUGCUAGCCUGUGUGACUUGCUAGAACGAAUAUGGUCACAUGGCUUACAGAAUAAACAGGGGAAGUCUGCCCUUUGGUCGCAUCUCACAAAUUACCAGGAGUUGGAGGAAUGCAACGAUACAUCAAAGCCAAUUGAUCCCAAUUUCCUCACACCAGACUUAUCAUCUAUGGCACUGGAAACAGAUCUGACUCCACCCCAGACCCGAAGUCGAGAUCGACAUAAAACAUCUGAGCCAGCGUCACCUAGUGAAAGGAAGAUAUUGGAGCAACCAAUGUUAAAACCUCUCCCUAUAUCCCUCACAUUUGAUAUGAGAAAUGUGCAAGCCAUGUCAGAUGUAAAAACACAUAUUGGCUAUGCAAGAGCAUGGGUGCGACUGUCUCUGGAGAAGAAGCUGCUCUCACGUCACUUGCGAACUCUCUUGUCAGAUACUGCUCUUCUGAGGAGCCUUUACAAGAGAUAUGCAUUUCUUCGUUGUGAAGAUGAGAAGGAACAGUUCCUAUGUCACCUCCUAACUCUGAAUGCAGUGGACUAUUUCUGCUUCACAAAUACAUAUACGAAUACUAAAAUGCCAUACCGUGUGGUGAUAUUCCCAUCUCGUAAAGCUAGUGCUUCCACUACUACAGCCAACGUAUGGGUAGCAGUCUCUGGGACGCUUGGAGAAACAUCACAUGUUCCUGUACCACGAGGUUCCUUGGAGUUUGUUUUUCAUCACAAGAACCUGGGCCUACUGACAACACUUCGUAUUGGGCAUGACAACAGUGGUCCAUCACCAAGAUGGAUGAUAGAACAUGUAGUAGUCAGGAAUGAAAUUGCAGGCCAUACAUAUAAGUUUCCAUGUGGUCGAUGGCUCGGUCGUGGCAUUGAUGAUGGCUCAACAGAAAGAUUAUUGGUAGGAGAACUGGUUCCCCGUCAUGUAGGGAGUGAGCAACUGGCAGAGACCUGCCGGACACCGCCUCGAUGCCGUAGUCCUUCAGUGCCAAGGCGUCCAUCAGAAACGCGGCCCUCUCCAGAAGAUAUACAACAGAUGCUUGGUGAUGCAGUGAACAGCAUAGUGAAGUAUUACUACCGCCGCAGAUAUGAGAAAGACCGUGGUAGGCUAACUCUGCUGUUGUGUGGAGAGAUGGGUCUUGUUUAUUGCCUUGAACAAGCAUUUUUAGUGGGUUUCAGAUCAGUUCGCUUGUUUGGAAGGAACUUGUAUCUCUGGGACUACUUUGUAAGAGCAAGAGAGAACCUCCAAGAACAAGUUCAUUUAGGAGAUGAGACAGUUCUGUGUUACUGCAACCUUGUGGACCAAGUAGAUAACUCCAGUCAGUCUCUUGGCAAGGAUGGAAAGUUUCAGCUUUUUAUAUGUCUGUGUGCAAGGGAACACCUUCUAAGCCGCAUGCUGCAGCCACUGUCAUUAACACGCACUACACUGGAUAUGUAUGAAGAGCAGUCUUUCCUACGGAACCCACAGUACAGGACCUUCCUCACUCAGAUUCUUCAUUCACUUGAUGAAUUUGAUAUUGUGCUGGAAAAUUCGAUCACAAAGGAUAUUGGACAAUGAAGGGCCUUUGAAGUGUAAAUGUCUGCCUACUGCUAGUCCAUAUAAUGUGGAUCUCAUCUUAGACAGUUCCUUCUCACUAUGCAGAGAGGCCCCUUAAUUCUUCUUAUAUGAGGAAAUGACUGUGAAGUAGUUUUGAAGUCAUUGUGUACCUGAUAUGUAUAUGUUUAUGGCCUGUCAUAUUUUACAUGCAGCUGGCAGUUAUGCCUGAUGUGGACAGGUCUGAAACAUAGAAAUUACUGUGAAAAUUAAAUUUAUGUAUAUGUUGUAACUGAGUAAACAAGAAUUGAUGUUUAUAUUCUA